AGCAGCAAUUGCAUGCUGGACAAGUUAAUACUCGUCGUCGCGCAAACGAUGUCCAAACUAGCUAGCUGUCCUGCAUAUAACCUGGGCGAUAAUUAUCGUUCUAAAGAUUAGGUGGUAAAAACACACGAGAGAUAACAACCUUUCUGUAAAGGAAACCGUAAUUCUCGCGAUGCCUAACGACAAACUGAGCUGGCCUGAUCCCAAAGAUAUCGGGAUUGGGGUUGCAGCUGCCGCUGGAGCUGGGACCGAUGUCGACCGCCCGACAUUCAGCCCGGCCGAUGCGGCCAAGACGCCGGCGAGUAACACGGGCACGGACAUGCUGAACUUAUUGAAGAAACACGGAGUGUCGUUCUCCAUGCUACUGGCAGUAUGGGGAAUGGGUUAUUUCAGAUUCAGUUGGAGUUGGCUGUUGCUGGGCACAGUACUGAUGGUAUGGCGAGAACGGAACGGUCAAAACAAGAGGCUUACAAUGGAGCUGGCCCGCCGAGCCACUCUGAAUGAGCGCCAGACAAUACGUAGUGCUGUCAACAACUUGCCAUCGUGGGUGUACUUCCCUGAUACAGAGAGAGCUGAAUGGCUGAACAAGAUGGUGAAGCAGCUGUGGCCGUACAUCGAGGGCUACGUUGCGAGCAUGCUCCGUGACACCGUGGAGCCGGCUGUUCAGAAAGCUCUCCCGUCAUACCUCAAGUCUUUCCGAUUUGAGAAGAUUAAACUUGGCACAUACCCACUACGCAUUGGAGGAGUGAAAGUUUACACUGAUCACGUCGGUCGAGAUGAGAUCAUUCUGGACUUGGAAAUCUUUUAUGCAGGCAAUUGUGACAUUGAGAUCAGUCUGAAAGCAUUGAAGCGCUUCAAGGCGGGGAUAGAGAGUCUCCAGCUUCACGGUACCCUACGCGUUGAGAUGAAGCCACUGGUUGACAGGGUGCCCCUGAUUGGAGGAAUGUCUAUCUAUUUCCUGAAUAAGCCGGCUAUUGACUUUAAUCUCACCAAUGUGGCAGAUAUUCUGGACAUCCCAGGCUUGAGCGGCGUGUUGCACUCCAUUCUAGAGGACCAGCUGGCAAACUUCCUGGUCCUGCCAAACAGAUUGCCGGUCAAGCUGAUCGACGAUGUGGACAUCAGUAGCCUCAAGUAUCCAAUGCCACAGGGUGUUUUGCGAAUUCAUGUGAUCGAAGCGAAGGAUCUUGUUGCGGCAGAUUUUGGAAUUCUCAAGAAGGGAAAGUCCGACCCGUAUUGCAUUGUGAGAGUUGGCUCUCAGAAAUUCAAGACAAAGGCCAUAAAGAAGACGCUAAACCCAGUCUGGGAAAAAAUCUUUGAGGCAAUCGUGUACCAGUGCUACGGUCAGAUGAUGGACAUUGACGUCUACGACAAAGAUGACGGAAUUGGGAAAGACGACUACCUUGGAACAAUCACCCUAAACCUUCACCAUAUCUACGAGGUCGGCCAUCUCGAUGUUUGGCUACCACUACAGGACAUUAAACAUGGUGACAUCCAUCUGGAGCUGACAUGGCUGACGCUAACAGAGUCAAGAAAAAAUUGCUACGAGAGCGAGGAAGAGGUUCAAAAGCAACUGAAAGAGGCGGAGAUGGAAGAGCGCAUGGACUUGAACGACAAUGAAGAAGAGGAAGCUGAAGGUAGCGAUGAAGAGGAUGAUUCCACUUUCUCUUCUGCCCUCUUGAUCGUCAAGCUGGACUCUGCUAAAGAGCUUCCGGUCUCAACACGAUCGUCCGCAUUGCCACAUCCCUAUGUCAAUGUGUCAGUCGAGAGAGACAGUAAGACAAGUCAGGUUCAAAAUGCGACGGUUUCACCGGUGUGGGAAGAGGUGUUCAACUUCUUGGUCCAAUCUCCGAGCUAUCAAAAUCUCAAAGUGGAGGUAAUUGACAAGAGGAAAGACAAGUGCAUUGGAAUGCUCUCUCUACCAAUCAAACAGAUUCUGUCAGCUCCUAGCAUGGUGUUAGAGCAACCCUUCAAACUGGACGGGUCUGGACCCCAGAGCUUCAUCACCUUGAGAAUGUGCAUGAGGGGAUUGGAACGUAAGAAGGCCCUGAAAGUAAAAAAUCCUAGAGCUAUGUUGAUGUCUGAAAUUAGCAUGGAAGUUGAGGAGGAAUCUGGUCUCUCUGACACAUUGGACGUCAAACCUCAGAGACAGUCGUCUGUCUUCAGAGAGACAUCAGUUGAUGACGCCCAGUCGCCCAAGCGCAGCCCCCGUAAGGAGCGAUUGUCGGCGGUGCCCAACCAGUCAGACAGUGCUUCGUUGUCGGAGAGCAUCGGAGUUGCCCAGCCAGUCAGCGAGAGCGAGCUGCGCAGGCGACUGGUUCAACACUCAAAGGAGAGUGAGGAGGCUCCACUGGGAAAGCUGCAAGUAACCCUGAGAUACAGUGUGCCAAAGAAUCGACUUAUUGUCGUCAUCCACAAGGGAGAAGGGAUUAAACGUCAAGAGUCAAACGAGGCUCCAGAUACCUAUGUGAGGUUGUACCUCCUUCCAGACAAGUCCAGGUCCAGUAAACGCAAGACCAAGGAGAUCAAGGACACCCAUGCACCUGUCUAUGAUGAAACUGUUGAAUAUAUGAUAGCAGCCAAUGAAGUCAAUACUCGCACUCUGAAGCUAAUGGUCAAAGACAGCUCUCGCUUCAUCUCUCUAUCGGAUCCUGUGAUUGGUCAGGCUGAUAUCAAGCUUUUGGACUAUGAUCUCAGCAAAGCUACAACGGAAUGGUUUAUUCUGAAACCAAGCGACGCAGAUUCCUCCAAGUGAUCUCCAAAAGGUUGUGACCCCAAUUCAAUAUAAGGACAUCUUAGGCAAAAUUUAUUUCGGCUUCCAAAUGAACCAUUAUAGAUGGAGACACUGCGAUGGGGAUCAGUUAAACCCACCUCUAAAAAGGACCCGCCGUUUCCUUUUGUUGAAGGAAUUUCUCCUUGAGAUUUGUUACCCUACCCAUGAAAGCCCUGUCUCUCCGGUGAAAUUGGUUGGCUGUUACCAUUCUUUAAUUGCCAACCAUGUUCAAUUUCCCUUUUUUUUGUCAGGAAAUACUGAGAACCUUAAAAAGGGUUUUCCUUUUUAUUUGAACACAUUUUUAAAUUUUUCAGCUUGCCCAUAUUAUGAUAUGUUUUGGUGCUUUAAUAUCUACGUAAUGUGUGCAUGAACAAUGUUUUGAAUUUUUUGUUCCCGCCUUAGUUAUAAACAUGAGACGCUCCCCUCAUGCCCUACACCUUGAACAGAACUGAAUCAUUAAGUCCACUGAGUCAUCACUGAGGCUGCCCUUGGCAACACCCUUAGCCAGAGUCACAGCUGAAGCCACCAAGUUGGACACUGCCACUGUGUUCUUCUGAAAUGUGCUCUAAAUUUUUACAAUUACAUUUACGGUAAUCACGCACUUACCAGUUUGUAUAGACAGUAUUAAAAAUAUUAAUAAUAAUAAAAGUUGCUUCUUAUAUAGCACAAGGUGCUGUAUUCAGGAUUAACUCAUGCUGUGUCUUUUGGUGUGUAAAAUAACUUAAAAUAAACAAACAAACAAACAAACAAACAAACAAACAAACAAACAAACAAACAUACAUACAAACAAACAAACACAAAAUCAACCACAAUCGAGACAAAGGUUACUUUUAUAAAGUGGAAUUUUGAUGAUGACAGAAGGGCCUUUAGGAUGGCUUCUAUUUCAUCACCACUGCAUACUGUAAUACCGGCUUAAAUACCACGUCUUAUGUACCAUCUGUGAUUGUUAUACCUCGGUAACAAACUGUGAAGUUUGAUUGGUCGAGAACCAAUUAUGUGACGAGCAACAAAAA